AUGUUGACUUUGAUUACGGCGAUCAACUUGAAAAGCAAGUCAGUACCUAUCGUCAAAACAAACCUUGGUCUUAUCGAGGGAUUAACAAAAAACAUUGGUAAUAAGCAGAUAGUAGAGUUCAGGGGAAUUCCAUACGCUAAACCUCCAACAGGAAAAUUCCGAUUUCGAAAAACAGAAACCAUUGAUCCUUGGAAUGGCAUUUUAGAUGCCACCAGUUUUGGACCAGCAUGCAUACAGAAGAUACCAAAUACAGAUAUCUCUGAAGACUGUUUAGCAUUGAACAUUUAUGUUCCUGGAGACAUAUCAUUUAAGAUAAGAAAAAGUGUAAUGGUAUGGAUUCACGGAGGAGGAUUUUAUAGCAGUUAUGGUUCACUGUACAACGGAUCAUCUAUUGCCCUAUAUGGAGAAGUAAUUGUGGUGACAAUAAACUACCGGCUUGGAGUGCUAGGAUUCCUGAGUACGGGUAACGAAGAUCUCCCAGGAAAUCUUGGGCUCUGGGAUCAACACCUUGCCUUAAGAUGGAUCAAAGACAACAUCGCAUCAUUCGGCGGUAAUUCUGACUCGAUCACAUUAUUUGGCACAUCUUCAGGAGGGGCUAGCGUUUCUCUCCAUUCUCUCAUUCCUCGUAACACGAACUUGUUUCAAAGAGUGAUUGCACAAGGUGGAUUGGCGAAUUCAUAUAUCGCCUUUGUGUAUGAUCCCUUGUUCUACGUAGAAAAACUUGGGGAAUUACUGGGUUGUAAGAAUGAUACUAACGUGCCUUACACGAAAGUGUUGGUAAGUUGUAUCAAUGAAACCUCAACAGAGGCUAUUUUGACAGCACAAGAAGCUAUGCCGUGGCACAGAGGUGACAGAGCACGGUACGAACUGAUGUUUGGUGCAGUUUUGGAUGGGGAUCUCUUUACAAGCUACCCUGAAGAAAUGCUGAGUGAUAUAACAUCUAAACCAUUUCAACUUUUCCGUUCUAUAGAUUUUCUCGCCGGUGGAACAGACAAAGAGGGAUCGAUGUUCUACGAUAUUUUCUCUGGCCCGUUAUCGAAAACUUUUAAUUUCAACCCCAUGGAUGGCUUGCCACCAGAUAUUGUGGGUGGUUAUUUAAUCCCUGGUUUGGUGAAAGAUCUGUUCCCAACUUGUCUACAUAAGCGAGUUCUGGAGCAAGCGAUCUGUGAGAAAUAUCGCGGUUCUGACGAUGAAUCCUGGGCAAAUAAAAUGCUUGAUUUAUACGGUGAUCUAUUUUUCAAUGUUCCCGUGGUUCAAUGGCUUGCUGUGCAUUCGAAGGGCAAUGUAAUAGCACAUAGCUACCAGUACCUAUUUUCACAUCAUUAUACGUCGAAAGAAGACUCGAAUCUACCAGAAUGGUUCACUGAAUUUCUCAGUAUGUUGCAAGUUUUAGCACAGUUAUUCGUUGCAUAUGUCCUGGUAGCUAAAAUAACUGGACAAAACACAAAAAUCAUCACAACUCCCUCUGGACAACUGCGGAGUCUCGUCACUCAGGUCAAUAACACCACAGUUUAUCAGUUCAGGAACAUUCCAUACGCAAAACCACCAAUUGACGACCUCCGGUUCGCCAAACCAGUGGAUUAUGGCCCUUGGGUGGGCAUCCGUGACGCAACAGCUUACGGUCCAGCGUGUAUUCAGGGCGUUACAGGGAGUAAACGUCAGAGCAUCUCUGAAAAUUGUUUGACCCUGAAUGUAUAUGUCCCAACCAACAUACAUGGUAGCAGGACAGUCAUGGUUUGGAUACACGGUGGUGGGUACAUCAAAGGAGACGCCGCCAUGUUUGAUGGGUCGUAUCUCGCUGUGCGUGGCGAAGUGGUGGUUGUCACCAUUAAUUAUCGCUUGGGUGUUUUGGGCUUCCUCAGCACCUACGAUAAAGUCCUACCUGGUAACAAUGGCCUUUUGGACCAGCAAUUAGCACUGAAGUGGUUACAGAAUAAUAUACAAGCGUUUGGGGGCAAUCCCAAUUCUGUAACGAUAUUUGGUGAAUCCGCAGGUGGAUUUAGUGUUGGUUUACAAUCCAUAAUUCCCCAAAACAAAGGACUCUUCCACAGGGCUAUAGCUCAAAGUGGGGCCGCGCCUUCGUUUGUAAGUAUUGCUCAUCAACCUCUAUUUUUCACUGCUGCCUUUGGAGAAACUGUUGGAUGUCGCUUCACUUCCGUCAAUUCGUCAACCUUUUUGAAAUGUCUCAAAACCAAAACAGCGGAACAGAUUUUGAACGCCCAGAUCAAUGCCUCAACCCCGGCGUCCGUAAUUCCAUUUUCUUUUGGUCCAGUUAUCUCCCCUGUAGUUGACGGAGAAUUGUUGCCGGAUGUCCCAUCUGUCCUAAUGAAGAAUAGAUCUUCAGAAUCUUAUAAGUUCUUCCGAUCUCUUGAUUAUAUUGCAGGGAAUGUCAACCGAGAGGGUUCAAUUCUCAUCCAAAAAUAUCUCCAAAAUUUCUCACAAGUUUUUCAUUUCGAUCCAGAAAAAGGAGUACCAAACAAUGUUGUGUGUGACGUUUUGGCCCCCGCUGCUGUAAGUGCACUUUUUAAAAAUAUAGUUAAAAACAGAACAACUGAAAAGAAAAUCUGUGACGAAUACAGAGAUAAUGAUCCCGAAGCAGAAGGAAAUAAAAUGGCCGAUUUAUUUGGGGACGCUUUUUUCGUGGUCCCGUCUGUAGAAGCUCUUGAUAUUCACUCUGACGGGAAUAACAUAACCAGCACUUUCCAGUACAUAUUCAACCGACGAAAUCCUGCCAUGAAAGGGAAUGGACCAUAUCCACAGUGGUUCGAGGGAACUCCCCAUGCAUCUGAUAACAUAUACCUCUUCGGAAUUCAGCAAUUGGCGCAACGAAUUAACGUCUCUGAUGCAGAUCUGAAUUUGUCUACACAUGUGCAACAAUACUGGGCCAAUUUCGCUAAAACUGGAAACCCAUUCUCAAAUGGUUCCAUGGUCUGGCCAUAUUAUGACAGCACCAGAAGGACAUACCUCAACUUGGACGACGUGAUUUCAACAAAAGAACAUGUCUUUGCAGAGAGAAUUUCGUUCUGGACAGAAGAAUUGCCAGUUCUCUGA